AGUAAGAAUCAAGAAAUGAAGACUGAGGAUGGGGUUAAUGCUAGUUCUAACGGAGUACAAUUGCGUUUGGAUGCAUUAGACCUGGAUUUUGGUGGGUGGAAUACUGGUUUUAAUGGACUGGGUUCAAAGUCUAGCUUGGACUUGGAUAUUAAAUAUGAUUUGAACGAUAGAAAUUUGGAUGGUAAAGCUGAAAAUGACAAUGCUCAGUCUCGUUUAAAUUAUAUUGACUUGGCUGUAAAAGAUACUGAGAAUCCACCUUUUAGCUGGUGGAAUUCAAAUUUGGAUGGAUUUAAAUUGAAUUCAUCUGGUAUGGAGUCAAGUUUGGAGGGAUUGAGUUCAAAUGUAAACGGGGUGGCUAAUAUGGGCUCUGAUUUUAAGGGUGGACAUGAAGAACUUGUUGGUGGUGAGGAUGAUGAUGAUGCUGAUGCUGAUGGAUGGGAGUUCAAGGAUGCAUACGCAGAAUCAAAAGUUAAGAUGGGGAAUGAGAAGGCUAGAUUAGAGGUGCAAGAAGUUUGGGAGGAAAACUCACACUCGUCUGGUAGUGCAAAUGGCACUAACAGAUCAAUUGAUUUGUUUACUAUGUCAAAUGGAUUUCGUGAUAUGUUGUCUACACCAAGUGGAGCUUCCAGUAAAUCUAACAGCUUUGAUAUUGGAUCGAAUAUCAAGUCGAUUGCAGCCAAAGGUAAUGCUUUAGCUCCAGAUACAUGCCUAAGAAUUGAUCAGAAAGGCCACGAGGCUGUGCUAUACCCUCACCCAGUCGCUGAAACUGCUGAAUCUGAUGAGGAUUUUGGGGAUUUCACGGCUGCAUUUGCCGGAGCUGGACUACUGCAAGAGGCUGAUUCUGAGGUGCGUGAGAGCUCUAGGAUCAAUGCAUCCUUGUCGGGUUUUACAAGUGGCUCAAAUGGAUCACUUGAUUUCUUUUCUGCGUCUGAUGGAGCAGUUGACUUAUUUGCGCCAUCAAAUCUAACUUUUGGUGACUUCAGUCAAGUUGGUGGUGGUUUUGAUAUAAAGCCUAGCAUAAUUGUUAAACGUGAAGCAUCUAAACUUGAUGCAUUCUCAAGAAGUGAACUCACAGAUGGUGUAGACCUGCAGGACAAUUCUACUGUGAUUCAAAAUGCUGUAUCUGGUGAGCCAGUUAGCGAGUUCAGGUCAGCAUUUGAAGAAAAUGCACUUGUGAAACAGGAAAAUGCCAUUGAAUUGGAGAAUCAUAAAGGUGCAUUGCCCUUGUCCAUAUUUGGUGAUGAAGAACUGGAAACUGAUGGUUCCUUGAAUGCUGAUGAUAGUUUCAUGUUUCAAUCUGCUUCUUCUAAGGGAAACAGCCAUAGUACAAAAUCAGCUAUCUCUAUCAAUGAUCUUAUAUCAAACUUAUACAGCCAAGCUGGGCCAAUUUCUUCUGUCAGCUCAAUGCAAAACCCAGUUGUAAAUGGGUUGCAUCUGUCAGACUCUUUCUCUGGUUCUAAUCUAGUACCUGCUGCUGAAGAUGUUGAUAACAGUUCUUGGGAAUUUAAGGAUGCUGUCUUUCAAAAUGAAGCUAAUAAGGGGACUUCUCUUUCUGGAAAUGAAGAUGUGCAUCAGACAAGCUCAGGCAAACUAAAGCUGCAAAUUUUCAUGGAUUUCUAUUCUAAAUUACAAGACGAGUUAUCCUUGAUAGCUAAAGGCCAUCUUGCAAGCCUAAAGGAAACUCAAAAUGAUGUUAAUUUUGGUGAAGAUGCAGGCCUUGAUGCUCUCAUUGAGGAAAUUCAGAUGGCUUGUGAUGAGCUUGGCCAAGCGAAUGCUAUUAUUAAGGAAGAGCACUUGGGUAAUAGUACACAAAGUCAGAGUAAUCUCCAUGAUUUUCUUGAAGUUUUGCAAGAACCAGGGUUUUGUGUUCUGGAGACCGAAUAUGACUUGCAAAGAAGACUGUCAUUGGUAGAGAAGGAUGCUAAAUCAGCUAUGGAACUUAUAGGUCAUGUGAAAACAAUGCUGAAGAUUCUGAUGAUGGGGUCAUUGGAUGAACAACAUACUUAUGUUUCUGUGUGGUCUAAGAUGAUUAACAUUUGUGCUCAAGAGCUGCAGCAUGGUGCUCAGUUAUGGAGGCAGUCAUUGCAAAAGAAUAUUCAAAGCCAGAUACUUGCUGAGCCUCAAGGUAAAACAUUUGUUAUCGCCCUUGGUGAGAUUUACAGGGUUGCUGUAUUACUUGGAGCUACAGCCAAGCUUUAUAAACCGUGGAUAUUGUCGACUCCUGUAGAAUCAUCAAGCAUCUAUUCACUCCUAGAUCAAUGUCAUUCUUCAUGGUCUGCUUCAGGCCUUGAAGAAGCCCUAGCAAUUAUAUCAGAUUCUACUCCUGCUAAAGGUCAUGGUAGUCUUGCAUCCUUGCUGGAUUCAAUCAAGUAUCUUUGUGAUCUUGAUGCAUUUGCUCUUCAGAAUAAGUUUUUUAUUCAACACGAAUCCUUGUGUUGGCUAUCACUUAUGCCUCAAACAGUGGCUCCAGGAAUGACAAUGGUAGUUUGGAACGAAGAACAGUGUUUCCUCAAACUGGCAAAUUUGUGGGUGAAUCUAAUAAGUUCUGAUCGUCCAAAAUUGCCGCCUUUGCUUGUCAACGGAUGAGAACCCCAAAGUAUAUGAUGGAAGCUCAGUUCCUUUCAUUCACGAGAGGUGUUCACUGUCUCUCUCUUUUCCAUCAAAAGUUUGAAUUGGUUUAGGGAGGUUUGCCCAUUGACAGAAAAGAACUUGGUAAAUAGCGUGGUCGGAUAUUGAGUAAAAUUUUUGUCAUGCUGCACGCUUCCUUUAAAUGGGAAUUUGUGAUGAGAAAGGCGCCGACAGGGAAAGCAGGGAAAAGAAGAAGAAGAAGAAGAAGAAGAAGAAGAAGAGAGAAAAUUGCAUUCUUUUGUUCAAUUUGUAGCCUGUAGUUUAGCUUUUAUAUGUGCUAGUAGUAUGAUAUGAUUGUAUUUUUUGAUGUACAGGUCAAAUUUUGGGUGGAAUAAGCCCAGAUGCAGUUACGAAGGGCUUAUAGAAUACAAGAUUUUGAGAUGUAAUUAUUUUAAUGGCAUUUUUGUUUUGAUUUGAAUCAUAUAUAUAGGGUUAUUCUUUGGACUCA